ACAUGUGUGGCGCGCGGGGCACAGGUGUGAGUGCGGCGGCCGCGGCGGGGGCAGACGGACCUGGCCGCGACCGGCGCCCGUAGCUCCCUGGGAGACGCUGCCUGGGUGGGUCUGCUCAGCGCCCCAUCGGCGCGGCACAGCCGACAGAUCCCGCUCAGAGGGCCGUCUGGCCUGUCCUGUGACUCCGCCCGUGAGUCGCGUCCGGCGCCGGCUGCCUGUCGGAGCUCCCGGCUCCCUCUCGCAGCUCCCGGCUCCCUCUCGCAGCUCCCGGCUCCUCUCCGGUCCUGUCGCUUCCCCAGCGGGCGCCAGUCGGCGUGGAUGCGUGUGUCGGGGCUGCUGUGUGUGCUGCUGGCCGGGCUCGGUGGGGCGCCGGCAGCCCGAGCCAGCAGGCACCAUCACGAGACGCGGCUGGCGUUUCGUAACGAGUGGACUGUGAAGGUGGAUGGCGCGGCCGAGCAGGUGCAACAGGUGGCCGAUCAGCUGGGACUGCACAACGCCGGAGCCCUGAAGGGUCUCCGCCACGUAUACCGGCUCGUUAAGACCGAUCACCCUGAGUCGAGUGCCGAGGCGGCCGACCACAUCACCAAUGCCCUGUCCGCCCACCCCAAGGUGUUGUGGGUGGAGCAGCAGUUCAGCAAGCAGCGCUCGAAGCGAGCACAGCCCGUCGACUAUAACGAUCCCAGCUGGAGUGCCGAGUGGUACAUCAGUCGCCGAAACACUCGGCCGAGGAGCGUCGGCUCUCAGGCGGCCCACAACACCAUGAACGUGCUGGAGGUGAUGGAACAGGGCGUCACGGGACGCGGCGUGGGCGUCGUCAUCAUCGACGACGGAGUCGAGCACAACCACACGGACAUCGCACACGCCUACGACCCGAGUCUCAGCUAUGAUAUCGUGGACGGCGACCGGGACCCUUCGCCACGCUACGACGAUACAGACACGAACGCACACGGCACAAAGUGCGCCGGAAUUGUCUCAAUGCAGCCGAACAACGACUUCUGCGGCGUCGGCAUGGCAACGGGCGCACGACUCGGUGCGGUGCGUCUACUGGACGGUGUCAUCACAGACCGGACCGAGGGCGAGGCGUUCAGCGCCGCCUGCCUGGGAGCCGACGUCAUCUCCGUCUCCUGGGGACCCACCGACAGCGGCUACGUGGCCGACAUGCCCGGGAGGCUACUCCAGGACGCCAUCGAGACCUGCAUCGAAGAGGGCCGCCAGGGUCGCGGAGUGAUCCUGGUUUGGGCGAGCGGUAACGGAGGCGGUGCCGCCGACGACAACUGCGCGUGUGACGGCUACGCGUCCAGCCCGUUCACCCUGUCCGUGGGCAGUGUGGAUCAGGAGGGCCGCAUGCCCUGGUAUGGAGAGAUCUGCUCGUCGACUCUGGCGGUUACCUACACGGUCGGCCAUCCCAACAACGUGAUCACGACUGCCAUGCACGACCGAUGUACGAGUGGUUUCUCUGGGACGUCCGCCUCUGCGCCGAUGGCAGCCAGCAUGGUGGCCCUGAUGCUGGAGGUGAAUCCGCAGCUGACCUGGCGGGACGUUCAGCACCUGGUCGUCUACACCUCUCGGCCCGAACCCGUACUCAGAGCCAACAGCCAGUGGGUGUCAAACGCUAUCGGUCUGCGCUACAGCACCAGGGUGGGUUUUGGCCUGAUGGAUGCGGCGGCUCUGGUGGCCGGGGCCAGGACGUGGAACUCUUCCCAGUCGGCCAGCGCCAUCAGACGCUUCUGUCAGGCCCCAGGGGAGCAGAGCGCUGAGUGGCGCCGUCUGGGCUCGCGGGGCCCCGUGACGGUGACGCUCUCUGCCCGCUGUGACGGGCCGUAUCAAAUCCGUCACCUAGAGCACGUCGAACUGGUGUUCAGUCUCAACUACACCCGACGUGGGGCGCUCCGAAUGCGACUCACCUCGCCACAGGGCACUACCGUGACCAUACUGAGGCCUCGGCGCAAGGACGACUCAGCUGACGGCUUUGACGGCUUCAAGCUGAUGUCGGUCGCUACCUGUGGCGAAAACCCCGACGGCAAAUGGAUGCUCGAGGUUCGCGACGAUACGUUUGAGGACAACUACGGUGAGCUGCAGAAGCUGAAGUUGAUACUGUGGGGGACAGCGGUGCCCGUGCAUAAGAUGACAGCCCUGCCGCCCGAGGAAACGACGGAGGACGACGACGUCAUGAUGGAGUCGUCUGGAGAGACCGACUCUGAAGAGGCCGAAAAAUCCGAGGACGAUCCGACUCCGGAGCAACAGACUCUCAACGACUCAAUCACCAGCCUAACAAAGAGCAGCGACGAGGCGAUCACGAACUCUGACCUCCUGAUAAGACCAGAGGACGAGCCUCAUCUCAACAUCGGACGACAUACAGAGAUCGGUGCCGAAUCGCCACCUCUGGGGGUCGGACGCUUCACCGAGCUCGUGGAGGACAGCCCCGUCGAGACCGUCGACCGACUGGCAGAUGUUGAGGAAGGUUCUAGAGACGGCAGUGGAGAGUAUAUGGAGUACAAUCUAGAAAGCGAUGUUGAUCCAAUGAUGGAGAACGAGAGGAUACCGUUUAGGAUGGCAUUGAGCGGGUUUGGGAAGACGGGAAGACGGUACGGCGGAGAAAAGAUCGGAAGGUUUGCCGACUACGGAUCGGCCUGGCUCGGGGACGGAGAGACUCGCCGAUCGCAGCUGGAGAUCAUUUCCCAGAGGUUACAGAGAGAUGGCCGAAAGCACACCGACACAGCGCUGCUUGACAGGUUCGGCGCCGGCCAGCGACUCCAGGAGGCGGUGUACCGUCGAGCCAGGCGUCUGGAUCGUCGAUGGUGGCAGUGACACAGCUGUGAUGACGUCCGCUGACGUGAGCCGCCGCGUGACGCCACGUCAGAUGAUAACGCCAGCCGCGCGGCAGGGCGGAGCCAUAUACAUGACGUGGCCACAGCGUCACAAUGUAUUUAUUCAAUGAGUGUGAUGAAUUAUUUUAAUUGUAUAAUUACAUGAACAGAGACCA